GGAAAAUUCACACAAUCUCGUAUUUGUCGGAAUAGCGGCUGUCGGUUUUUCGUCUGCGUCGCCGUCGUGUGCUAACCUACAGAGAGAAAAGAGCCAUUUCGCGCUAAAGAGUGCAAACGAGUUAACGACGGGUAUUCGUCUUAAAAGCCUUCACCAUCACCAUCUAGCCACCGCAGAACAAAUAGCGCCGGAAAAAUGAGUGACCGCAAAGCCGUCAUCAAGAAUGCCGACAUGGGCGAGGAGAUGCAGCAGGACGCUGUGGACUGCGCAACACAGGCCCUGGAAAAGUACAACAUAGAAAAGGACAUUGCUGCCUACAUAAAGAAAGAAUUCGACAAAAAGUACAACCCCACCUGGCACUGCAUCGUGGGCCGAAACUUUGGAUCGUACGUGACGCACGAAACGCGUCAUUUCAUUUACUUUUAUCUCGGUCAGGUUGCCAUCCUAUUAUUUAAGAGCGGUUAAACCACACAACCUUAGCUUAAUAUCAUCGGAAUGCUGUAAAAGAAUGGGAGCGAGGACGGGAUCGGACGGUGAACGGCGAAGCGUGUAGAGAAAUGGCAACGAUUGCGUAUUUAGCGGCGGCAUCCACAUAUAUGGACACGGCCUUCAACCUGCAGUCGGACGGCGGGAGGAUGUUGGAGGGGUUGGAGAAGCCGAGCCGUAGAUGCGAAGGAGUAGUAGAAACGGAACGAUGGAUAGAUAGCUGGAUUGUGAGGGGCGCGAGGAACCAUUAUUAGAAGCAGUGGGGAGAGGAAAUUUGACAUUCUUAUAUAUUUACCGUGAACUAUACUAAAUCGAACGAAGCAGAGCUGUACCAAUUAAGUAAAUCAACUUUACCGGAACUCGCGAGCAAAAAUGUGUACUGUCCAUGGGUGUGGUGUGGUCGUAAAACCAAGCUGCUCGGAAUCAAGGAAGGCAAACCAUCUGUCCAAACAUGCCCCUGCCAGCAUAAUAUCUCAUGCCACUAGUUCGUCUGGGAGUGUCGUACAGCAGGCAAAUACAAUGCCCCCCCCCCCCCAAAGAGUGUGGCCGACCAUAAAACCGACGUUCAAGUUGUAAACUAAAAUUCCAUUGCGUUCAGUAAAGGUGUGUGUGUAUGUGCGUAUAUCGUUGUGAUUGAGAAUUGUAAUCGAUGUACAGGAUCGCUGCCUUUGUCCAAUACCUUUGAAAAUCUUGCUGAGAUACAACAUUCUAGUAACACAAUCAAUCUCUCGAUCGAACGUUUAGAAGUGGCCAUUUUACGAAGAGAAGAAAUUCCGUGUCCCGCAGAGGCUAUGAAAAAUGACCGGGACGAAGGGAGUUAUGAUGAGGGGACAGUAGACGGGAACUGGUAAAGAACAGACAUGGCCGUGGACGGAUGAACAGCAGUAGUACGUGAUCUUUCACAAAUCCUUGUUAUUCCUCUCAAAGAUCGAUCAACUCUGAAGCAUAUUCAAGCGAAGGGAGUAGAGGAAGGAUACGCAUUCAUUCUGGCUAGCAACCGAAUCACGGUAACAUUCAUUAUUUGCAGGGACACUCUACAAACACACAAUUUUUAACGUUUGCAGACAGUAACGAUAUCUCACAACCGAUGGAGGGAAGUAGGAAGAACACACCCGCAGACAGGCUCGAGAAAAAAAACAAAGAACGAUCUUCUCAAUUCGCUUUCCCCGGGUGAUGAUAGUGUUUAAGGCAGCAGGGUGAAGGACUCGCAGGACUUCUAUAUCGCGAUCGAUCGAUAGAGUUUUUGUUUUUGUUUUUGAACGGCGAGAUUUCACUUUUCACGUUUGGUUCAGUUCGGUCCUCGACCACUUAAUAGUAUAUGGUAGGAAAGGUGUGCUUUUCCUUCUUCAUCAAAGAUAGUUUAGUGCGCGAACGGAGAGCGUGUUGCCUUUCUGCGGCAAAGUGCGCAACGUUUCGCAACGUGCGUCGAGUGUUUUCGCACGUGCCACCACGGCGUAGGGGUUUGAGAGGCGUUAGUUUUCUUCUUUUUUUUGCGGCACUAGAAUGUUUUGACUCCUGAAAAGAAUUUAUGAACUUUGAACUUAUGAAUUGGUCGUCUUAGUUCCGUUUAUUAUUAUUGCUAGUUUUGUUUUUCCACCAUAGUAUAUCAAACGAAUGAAGGAGUAUAAAUAAAGAAUUACACUCGAAACUACAAAACUAACUUGCAUAGAACUGACCAGAGGAGGAGGAGGAGGAGAAGGAGAGCCUUUUUGUGUUGACAAGUGUGAGUGGUAGUGAAUGAGCAAAGUAGAAACCUCUACAGCAGUAGUGCAUACGCGCGGCGCACACAGUCACGGUAUGUGCAAGCACAAAAAACAAACACAGGAACUGCUUGAGCUGAGAGCAGAUUGCAGCUCUCUGCAGUGGGUGGGCAGUAUGAUCCGUAGGUGUGAUGAACAGUAUGUAGUUUAGUCAAUGAAGGUACUCCCCGGUGGCGGCGCAGAAUAAAAGAAGGAAACAGAGAUGGCACAAGAACUGUA